AUGAAUGAAACUCCCAAGUGGAACACUUUAAGAGGUACCAAAGGUGCUCUACAUAGACAAGUGUUACUGUACAUCUCAUUUAUCCUCACCAGCUUACCUCACAAAUUUGCCUCAGCUAUUCACAUUUGCCUCACCUAUUUACGUUUGCCUCACAUACUUAUGUUUGACUCACCUAUUUACAUUUGCCUCACCUAUUUACACUUGGCUCACCUAUUUACUUUUGCCUCUUAUAUUUAUAUUUGCCUCAGCUAUUUACAUUUGCCUCCCAUAUUAACAUUUUUCUCACCUAUUUAUAUUUGCCUUAUAUAUUUACAUUUGCCUCACCUAUUUACAUUUGUCAUUUAUUUACAUUUGCCUCACCUAUUUACAUUUGCCCCUCGUAUUAACAUUUGCCUUACCUAUUUACAUUUGCUAUUUACAUUUGUCAUUUAUUUACAUUUGCCUCACCUAUUUACAUUUGCCCCUCGUAUUAACAUUUGCCUUACCUAUUUACAUUUGCUAUUUACAUUUGUCAUUUAUUUACAUUUGCCUCACCUAUUUACAUUUGCCUCUCGUAUUAACAUUUGCCUUGCCUAUUUACAUUUGCCUCACCUAUUUGCAUUUGCCUUACAUAUUUACAUUUCCCUUACCUAUUUACAUUUGCCUCACAAUUUUACAUUUGUCAUUUAUUUACAUUUGUCUCACCUAUUUACAUUUGUCAUUUAUUUACAUUUGCCUCACCUAUUUACAUUUGCCUCUCUUAUUAACAUUUUCCUCACCUAUUUACAUUUGCCUCACCUUUUUACAUUUGUCAUUUAUUUACAUUUGCCUCACCUAUUUACAUUUGCCUCGUGUAGUUACAUUUGCCUCACCUAUUUACAUUUGCCUCUCAUAGUUACUUUUACCUCACCUAUUUACAUUUGCCUCACCUAUUUACAUUUGCCUUGCC